AUGAGCUACGAAAAUCACGCGAGCGUGUGGCUCUACAACAAAUCCGACUAUUAUUAUAAAGUUCGUGUACGUCACCAUUAUACGGACCAAGGAUACGAUGACUCGGGCUGGAAAAUGUUGAAGCCAGGCGGAGAAGUGGAGGUGUUCGAUUCGAUCACUUUUUGGACGGGCGUCUUCACCACAGGCGGUGACACGUGGAAAGUUGCUGGCCUGCGGAUGAAAGAAGUCAAAGGUACUUUCAAUUUUGGUUACCGUUUUUGUAUUAAACACGGUCUCCCUCAGAGCUGACAAUGGGCGCGCAAGUGCGCCCCCCGCCCAAUAGAGCGAUUGGCGCGAAAUUCAAAUUUUAACCGCCAAAUUUUUGUGUUUUUUGCCAGUUUAGCCACGAAAAAUCGAUAAUUUCUCAUUUUUCUCUCGAUAGACCGAUUGUAGAGGUUAUUGCGCAUUUUUUAAGCGCAAGAGCGUCAAAUUUGGUCAAGUCGCACAUCACAUUUAUCCGUUUGAAGGUUUUUGGCUAAAACUGCGUGAAUUUAAGUUGCUUUUCGGUAGUUUUCGCGGUUUGAGCGCUCAAGAUGCUUGUAUUUACGUGAUUUAUCAUUCUCAAAACCAAUUCUGUCGGAAAACGGUCAAGAAAGCGCAAAAUGAAAAGUGUGGUUUUGAGGCGGCGAAGGCGAAAAAGCAAAGUCGGCGAAAAAUGCGCCAAAACGUCAUUAAUUCUGAGAAUUAGUGUGUUUUCAUGUCGCGCAAUCAUUUUUCAUCGCCGUUGACCGCAAAAAUCAGAGAAAACCUGCUCAAUUUAUGAAAACACCGUUUGGCCGAGGCCACGCCCAUAUUAUCAGCUAAAGAGUGUGAUUGCAGAGGAAAACGAGCUGACGUUCAAAUUCGACGGAAAAGUGUUGAGUGUCGACGCGAUGGACACGAUUUACGAGGGAGAUUGGUACGAUCACAUGCUCCAUCCGAGUGACGACGGAAAAACUGUGUGCGUCUAUGUUCGCUCCAAGGAUCUGGUCACGAUCGAAUCGCCCAGUCACACUUCCGAAUGUCAAUUCCUUAAUUUGUUUGAUUAUUAUUAG